UCUGUUCUCUCUUGUCUACAACUACAAAACCAUAAAACUCUCUGAAAAUAAAGAAAGGAAAAAAGAAAUUCAGACCAGCAGGCCAACCAAACGAAAGCAAACCCGAUUACUUCGCUCACUUAAAAAAAAAAAAAAAACAGUUCACUUCAACCCUUUCCACAAAAUCCCUAAAAUCCCAAAAAUCAAAUGGCCACAACCACCACGACAAGCAGUCUAACCAGCGGAGGGGGAGGAGGAGGAGGCGGUGGAGCAGACGACCGUGUCAUGGCAACAGCGCAGCAGAUCGUGAACAGCUUAAACACUACAAAAAAUGUACGCGAAGACAUGUUAUUAAUCCUUUCGAGUUUUGAUAACCGUUUAUCGAACAUAUCCGACUUCAUCAAAACCGAUUCGGAAUCUCAGUCCUCCAUUCUAGACGCCGCCGAGAAGAUCAUUCUCCGGUCAGACUCCGGCAUGCCCUCCAACGCCGGAGCUUCUUCCUGGGAUGACUCGGCGGAGGAAUCUAGAUAUUAUUUAGCUGCUAUUGAUGAGAUUCUUGAUUUGUUAGAUAAUUUAUCGGUCGGGCCUGAUUCGGAGGUUUUGGACCGGGCGGAGACUCUGGUUCAAGUGGCUAUGUCGAGAUUGGAAGAGGAGUUUGGGCAUAUUCUGAUAAGGAAUACUGUUCCGCUUGACGCGGAAAGUUUGUAUGGAUCUAUUAGGAGGGUUUCGCUUUCAUUUGCAGCGAAUGAAGGGGAAAUUGACGAGGAGUUUGAGAAUUUUGGAGAAGUGGAGACUGGGAGUGUGUGUUUUCACGAGAGAGGAGCGAGUUUAGGAGAUGAUUUGUGUGUUGAUUUGAUUAAUAACGAGGCGGUUAUGGAUUUGAAAGGGAUUGCUGAUAGAAUGAUGCGAUCAGGGUAUGAGAAAGAGUGUGUACAGGUUUAUAGUAGUGUGAGAAGGGAUGCUUUGGACGAGUGUUUGGUUAUUUUGGGUGUUGAGAAGUUGAGUAUUGAGGAAGUGCAGAAGAUAGAGUGGAAGCCUUUGGAUGAGAAGAUGAAGAAGUGGGUUCGGGCUGUUAAGAUUGGUGUUAAGGUUCUUUUGAGAGGAGAGAAAAGGCUUUGUGAUGUGAUUUUUAGUGGGUCGGAUUCGGCCAGGGAGGUUUGUUUUAAUGAGACUGCAAAAGGGUGUUUGAUGCAGUUGUUGAAUUUUGCAGAGGCAGUGGCUAUUGGAAGGAGGUCACCGGAGAAGCUGUUUAGGAUUUUGGAUAUGUAUGAUGCAUUGUCUGGUGUUUUCCCAGAUUUGGAAGCUAUGGUUACGGAUGAGUUUGUGUACAGUGAGGCGAAAGGAGUGUUGGCUGGUUUGGGAAGGGCGGCUAAAGGGACUUUUGUGGAGUUUGAGAAUGCUGUGAAAAGUGAGACUUCUAGGAAGCCUAUGUUAGGUGGAGUGAUUCAUCCACUUACACGGUAUGUGAUGAAUUAUGUGAAACUGCUUGUGGAUUAUAGUGAUACGCUGAAUUCACUUUUGGAGAACGAUGAUGAUGAUGAGUUAAAUGGAUUGCAAAAUGAUGAUGGUGAGAGAUUACAGUUAGAGAGCUUGAGUCCUAUAGCAAGGAGAUUGUUGGCCUUGUUAUCGACUUUGGAGUCUAAUCUCGAGGAGAAAUCAACACUGUAUGAGGAUGGUGCAAUGCAGUAUAUAUUUCGUAUGAAUAAUAUUCUGUACAUGGUGCAAAAAGUUAAGGAUUCAGAACUUAUUAAGAUUUUGGGAGAUCAAUGGGUCCGCAAACACCGUGGCCAAAUACGCCAAUAUGCCACAGCGUAUCUGAGGGCUGCUUGGACUAAGGCCUUGUCAUGCUUGAAGGAUGAAGGGAUUGGUGGGAGUUCUAAUAAUGCCUCCAAAGUGGCUUUGAAGGAAAGGUUCAAGAAUUUCAAUGCGUGCUUUGAGGAAAUAUAUAGGAUUCAGACUGGUUGGAAGGUCCUAGAUCCUCAACUUCGUGAAGAGCUUCGAAUAUCCAUAUCUCAAAAGGUAUUACCAGCUUAUCGCUCAUUUAUGGGAAGGUUUGGUAGUCAGCUAGAGGGUGGAAGACAUGCUGGGAAAUACAUAAAGUACACACCAGAUGAUUUGGAGAAUUAUUUAAUUGAUUUGUUUGAAGGGACCCCCCUUGUUCUUCACCAUCUUAGAAGAAAGAGUUCAUAGGAUUCAUGACUCUUUUAACAGGUAAGAAGUUCUUGUCAAGGAUUAGAAAAGAGAGAGUUUACUAUUUGCUGUAUCUGGAUCAUAUGCUUUCUUUUUCUUUUUGUAUUUUCUUAGUGUAAUGUUUUAAACACAGGCUUCUGAGUCGAACAGUUCUCCCUUUUAUAUAAAACUUUGUACAUGUAUUAUAGACCAUAGGUUUUUUACUUGUGAAUUCUUUCUUGUUCAUGUAUUUCUACUGUCACCAAAUCACCACAAAGCAUACUUUUUCCAAUUGGCAUGUAAUAUUUGGCAAUGCAAUUUUCAGUGAUUGACUAA